AUGAACUUACAACAGAUUAUGAGACCCAGUCCAAUUAGCGCAGACGGCAUCAAGGUCUUCGCUGGCGCUGAGCAGGAUGCCAACCUCUUCUUCAUCACCGUCGAGGCCAAGCUCAUCGCCGCUGGCAUCGACGCUGGCAUCAUCGCCGAGGGUGGUGCUGACCACCAAGGAGACGGGCAGGCUCCAGCAGCUGCCUCAUCGCCGAGCCCAAGCACCCACGGUGCUUCGGGUCCCCGCACUCGCUCCCGCGCUCAACGCGGCCCGCGCCGCACUGGCGUCCGCCACGACGCGGGGGACCACGACGACGAUGACGACGACGAGGGCGAUGGCGACGACCACGGCGCUCAGCCAUCUUCCUCCUCUUCCUCUCUCCCUUCUUCCGCCACUCCGAGCGGAGGAGCGCAGGUGGCGUCCCGAGCCUCUGGCCUGCUGGAUCCCCGUGAUCCACAGGUUGACGCAGCCAUCUUCGCGUUCCUCCUUGGCGUCCUGACGGGACACCCGCUGCGGCUGGCCAUCACCGACAACCGUGGCCGCUCCGGUGUGCUUGCGCUGCGCCGCCUCCGCGAGCGCUACAUCCGCAGCGGCAAGGACCACCUCCUUGCUGCCGGCGUGUCCAUCCCGGAGGACGACCUGCGCACCCUCGUCCGCAAUGAACUCCCCGCGGAGUUUGAUGUGGCGAUGCGGUUCAUGGAGCGCGAGGACCCGCCGCCAUCGCUGUCCAAGAUGACGGCGGACCUCAUCCAGGAAGAGCGCCGCCUGCAUCGUCCCAAGAAGCGCACGCCUGUGCUCGCCAUCGGUGGGCCAGGCUCUGGCUCCUUCGCUGCAUCGCCAAUGCACGCUGGCACGUCGCCCUCCGACACGAGCGGUGGACCAUGCUGUCCACCUGCAGAGCGCGUGACUUGCGCCAGUGCCGGCAAGCUGCAGGCGGCCAAGCGCUACCACGUCAUCGACGUGCGGCAGAUUCCUGGCUACGCUGCGCAACCACGGCACCGCCAACGGCAAGCGGGCCAGGAUCCUCUCGCCCGCAGCACGGACGAGCAGCUUCCUUUCGAAGAAGGGCGGCCGUCGUCAGGCAGCGGGCGCUUCGGCGGGGGAGAACUGUCGCCAUCUACCACGAUGCCCAGCGCGGCCGUUGACGCCAUCCGGCAGCAGAUCGCCCAGGCCUCUUCCAAGCACAUCGUCACCUGUGGACCAUGUGCGCUUGGCAAGAGCACGCGCGCCUCCAUCCCAAAGCAGUCUGCUCCACGUAGCGCUGGGCCAUGCCAGCUGCUCUACGCCGACAUCGCCGGUCCGCUGGAGGAGACGUCGCUGCGAGGUGCACGCUACGCGCUGACCUUCAUCGACGACUGCACGCGUUUCGCCUGGACGUUUCUCAUCCGGCACAAGAACGACGUCGGUGCGGCCCUGGAGCAGCUGCGCAAGGACCGUCACGUCAUCAACGCGCUCCGAGGCGCCACGCUGCAGACGGACAGCGACGCCGUCUUCAAGAGCCAGGACUUCACCGACCUGUGCCUGGCCUUCGACAUCAAGCAGCGCUUCUCGCCACCGCACUCGCAGGCCAAGAACGGAUCCGCGGAGCGCACCUUCCGCACCCUCUUUGAGACGGCGCGCACGAUGCUGUUUGCUGCGGACCUGGACAAGCCGUUCUGGGGCUUCGCCGUGCAGCACGCCACGCUGCUGCACAACAUCGCGCCACGCAGGAGCCUCAAGGACAAGUCACCGUUCGAGGCCCUGACUGGGCACGCCUUUGACGUCAGCCUGUUGCGCGUCUUCGGCUCGCCGACCUACGUGCAUGUGGAGAAGAGCAGCACGCGGCACAAGCUUGACCCACGCUCACGCGUCGGCGUCUACGUCGGCUUCGCCGAGGAGGACCAGGCCCACGUCGUCUGGAUGCCGGACACGCGACGCGUUGUCCACACCAUCCACGCUCGCUUCGGCGCCAUCAAGAACAAGGACGCCGCCUCCUCUCAGCAGCAGCAAGAGCACAACAGCGGUGCCUCUGCUUCGCAUGCCAAUAAGACCGCUCAGCGUUCAACCGAGGACAGUGCCACCGGCGCUCCCACUGCACCACGUGCGGGGGAGCCGCAGCUCCAGCCACGCGCCCUUGGCGGCUCCGUCUGGGACCAGCUGCUGUUGUCCGAGACCCUCGGCGACAAGGACACCUCUGGUGGCUCAACCACCACGUGUCACGUUGCCACCAGCGCUGCUGGUACGGGGGAGAAGACAUCAGCAGUGGGUGGUCAUCUACCAGACAUCGCUGUUGGCAGUGUUGCCACGUCAGCUGAGCCAGCCACCGUCAAGGAGGCGCUUGCCUCGCCAGACUCUGAGGAGUGGCGCCAAGCCAUCCUGGACGAGUUUGCGGCAAUGCAGGCCAAUGACGUCUACGACGUCGUGCCUCGCGCUGACCUUCCCAAGGGCCACAAGCUGCUCCGCAGCAUGGUCAUCUUUCGGAGGAAGCGUGACGACCAGGGCAAGGUGAUCAAGUACAAGGCGCGCUGGGUUGCCAAAGGCUACUCCCAGGUCCACGGUGUCAACUACACGGACACCUUUGCCCCGACGGCUACCAUCGCAGCCAUCCGCACCAUGCUCGCCAUGGCCGUCGCGCGUGGCAUGGACAUCCAGCAGAUGGACGUCAACACGGCGUUCCUCAACGCGCCCGUGGAUCACGAGAUCUACGUCCAGCCACCGGCCGUCGACGGCAUCUUCUCGCCGAAUACGGUCCUGCGCCUCAAGCGCGGGUUGUAUGGCCUGAAGCAGAGCCCGCGCCUGUGGAACCACACGCUGGACGCCUGGAUGCGCGAGCAGGACUUCAUCGCCACAGCCACGGAUGCCUGCAUCUACCGCCGCACCUGCAAGGGUGGCAAGGUGAUGUGGGUUGCCGUCUACGUGGACGACCUGCUCAUCUUCGCCGACAGCGACAGCGACAUGGCCGCGUUCAAGAAGGCCAUCUCCAAGCGCUUCAAGAUGAAGGACCUGGGCAGCCCAGACAUUUGUCUCGGCAUCAAGCGUACGCGGCGUCCAGGGCGCAAGCCUCGUGAUCGCAAUGGACGUGGCGAUUGUGGCAAGAGCACCAAGCAGGGAAAACGUGGGCAGAAGCGACGCGGUCAAGAUCAGAACAAGAACCCAAGGGUGGCGGUCCUGAUGCCCUUCAAGCGGCUUGGAGUGGAGCUGGAGCGCUCAAAGGUGCUGGAGAUGUGCAGGUAUGCUGGGCAGAUGAAGUGCACUGCAACCACGGCACUCUACCUGCACAUUCUGCGCACUGCGGAACAACACCACCGGGAAAUCCUCUCCACUCUGGCGGACCUCGCCCAGACCACAAGAAAGGAAAUUGUGGAGCGCAAGGUCGCCUUCCGCGAGGCCCAGGAGCGUGCCGAAGGCGUCGAGGACCUCAAGAAGAAGAAGAAGAAGAAGGACCACAAGAAGUCCCGAGCGGCGUCGCCGUCUGACAACCCGUGCAAGAGGGCAAAAGGUGCAGCAGCAACAACAGCAGCCACAGCAACAGCAGCCGCAGCAACAACACCGCCCGCCACUGCAACAACAGUCACAGCAGCAGCCACAGGCAAAUCCCCAAGACCUGCCUACUGCUUCCAGCACUUGGCGCCACAGCUGACAGCAGACAAGCUAAGCAACCUCUUCACCACACUGCGCAACCACAAAAAACAUAGCCAGCAUCCGAUGCUGUCAAUCCUCCGACAGCACGGCGUGGGGAUACCGGACCCACCGAAAUGGAUGACGGCCACCAUGGCAUACAAGCUGCUGAACCUGGCGUCCAAAGAGUUCACCCCGCUCCUCCAACGGGAUCUCAAGAACAAGGCGAGAGCUGCUCAACGGCAACUGAAGAAGGUGGCGGAGCACCAUGACGAAGGCGCGCGCUUCGCAUGUGAGCACACGGCCGAGCUGGCCCUCUACAUCGGCGCCGCGCAGCAUCUUGCGAGGACCCUUGCACCGCCCGACACCGACUUGACCUCGUUCAAGAUAUUCCCCACAUUCACAAACAAGCACCCUUUCAUACAACUAGAUGCAGGACUACUACGGUACCUGACCUGCUGCAAGUGUGGCCGCCUCGGCCACUCCCAGCGCCAGUGCCGACAGCCUGCCGCAGUGCGACCACAGCCAAGGCAAGCUCUGUCCCUCCUCGAUUUCCUCGGAGCAGACGUGGCCAGGCAGUUCCGGAAGCGUCGCGUCACGUCCAUCAGGACGGACGGCUACACGGCAUACCUCCUAGUGGAGCCCAGCGCGCGCCGCGACACCGUCUGCGACACCAGCCCCAUCACACCCGUGGUUGGGGUCGACCCAGGCACCCGCAUCCCGCUUGCCUGCGUUCGGAUCCAAGAUGGCAAAAAAAUGAUUGUGUCGCAGAAGCGAAUAGUGAACCAGCUUUAUACGGGGCGGGGACGGCGACACCACAAGCCAACGGCGACAGUGCCAGCAAGGUCCCUGGUGGAGGAGGCAAACGGUGAGCUUGGUCCGUGGCGUGGGUCCUCCGAGCCGGACGGUCCUGAUAUGGAUAACGGGCUGGUGACAGUGUCGCGCCGCAUGUGUCGCGAAUGGAGCAUAGCAAACGUGGGAUGA